AUGACGGACAGGUUCGCGCGGACCGACGGCUCGACCACCGCCGCGUGCAACACCACCGCCGGUUUGUACUGCGGAGGGACGUGGCGCGGCACGAUCAAUCAUCUCGACUACAUCCAGGGGAUGGGCUUCGAUGCGGUCAUGAUCUCCCCCAUCAUCGAGAAUAUCGAUGGCCGCGUCUCCUACGGUGAAGCCUACCAUGGGUACUGGCCGCUGGACCUGGAGUCUUUGAACACACGCUUCGGCACGAAACAAGACCUCCUCGAUUUGAGUAAUGCGCUCCACUCGCGCGGGAUGUACCUGAUGAUGGAUACCGUGAUUAAUAACAUGGCAUAUAUGACGCGUGGGCAGGACCCUGCGACGGCAAUUGACUACUCGGUGUUCACGCCGUUCAACAACGCAGAUUAUUUUCAUCCCUACUGCAAGAUCACGGAUUGGAACAACUUCACCGACGCCAGGCUGUGUCAGACGGGUGAUCUGGAGGUCGCAUUGCCCGACCUGUUCACAGAGCAUACGGACGUGCAGGAUCGUCUCAUAAGCUGGGCCAAGGAAAUGAUCCAAACGUAUUCCAUCGACGGACUUCGCAUUGACGCCGCCAAACAUGUCGAUACCGAGUUUCUCGCCAGAUUUGUGAACGAAGUCGAUGUAUUCACCACCGGAGAGGUCCUCCAGCGCGAAGUUGACAUCAUCUGCGACUACCACAACAAAUACAUUACCAGCAUGCCCAAUUACCCGAUCUACUUCUCCAUGCUGGAUGCCUUCACAGAGGGCAACACGUCGUCAUUGAUGAUCCAAGUGGAAGCAAUGAAGGGUCCUUGUCACGACAUUACCGCCCUUGUAUCUUUUUCUGAGAACCAUGACCAGCCGCGGAUUCCCAGCAUGAACAAAGACAUCGCGCUCGCCAAAAAUGUCCUCACUUUCACCAUUCUCUUUGACGGCAUCCCCAUGAUCUAUCAAGGUCAAGAGCAACACUUGGACGGAUCUGGGACACCGAAAAACCGUGAAGCCCUGUGGUUGUCCAAGUAUGAUACCCAAGCCGAAUUAUACCAACUGCUCGCCAAACUCAACGCGAUCCGCAAACAUGCCACCUCCCUGGGCAGCGACUACCUCUAUGCGCAAACCAGACCUAUCUACCGGGGCGGAAGUGAGCUCGCAUUCUACAAAGGCAUCGAGGGCCGACAGGUGAUUAUGGUUCUAUCAUCACAAGGCGCUCAGGGAAAUCCAUACGAUCUGUAUCUCCCCGUGUCAUAUAAUCCGGGAACAGCGGUGAUGGAGGUCCUCAACUGUGUGAACUCCACGGUGGGUGACGACGGUCAGCUCAAGGUGCCCAUGGAGAAGGGAGAGCCGCGGGUAUUCUUCCCGACUGAGCUGAUGGGCGGAAGCGGACUGUGUGGAUAUUCCAAGGACAAUGUUACGGUUUCUCAGUUGAAAACAGGGCACGACUCGACAUCCCGGGGAAGCAAGAUGACGGGCAGUGCUGCUCUUGCUAUGAUACUGUCGUUAGGAGCGAGCCUGGUGUUAUGGUGA